AUGUUUCGAACCAAUCCUGUCAGAAGGGGACUCGGAUUCUUCAUCACCGGUACUGUCCGGUCCCCUCCCCGGGAAAUUUACCGCUUGUCCCAGCCCUCUUUUCCUCUCCCCUCGUCAAGCCCCACCAUCGCAACACGAAGCUUUGCGUCUAGGCGAGCCGCCAUCGCGAACAACGACGGUCUGGAUGCGGCGGAGGACUUGACAGCAGCUAGGGACUGGGUCGCUAGGCUCAAUGCGAACACCAUACCGCGUGACAUUGCUGAGAUUUCUUUCAGUCGCUCUAGUGGCCCGGGGGGUCAGAACGUCAACAAAGUCAAUUCGAAAGCCACAUUACGAAUCCCCCUCCAUUCGCUGCUGCCGCUGGUCCCUCGAUUCCUACAUCCUGCCCUGCUGGCGACUCGCUACGUCGCUGCCCGAACCCAGAGUCUGGUCAUCCAGUCGGACGAGUCGCGGAAACAGACCGCCAACGUGGAGUCCUGCUACGAUAAGCUCCACCAGCUCCUCAGGAGCGUGGCGGAGGACAAUAUACCCGGGGAGACGUCGCAGGAGCAGCGAGACCAUGUGCGAAAACUACAAAAGGCUGCGAAUGAAUCGCGAAUCAAGUCGAAGAAAAUGCACAGCAGCAAAAAGAGCAACAGACGGGGUAGUUAUGACGACUAA